AUGGGGCGUGACAGCCGUGGGGAUCGUUACGCACGACGGAACGACGCUGGCGAUCGGCAUGGUGUUGCGGAAAGCAACAACAACAACAGCAGCAGCGGUACAGCGCCAUCAACGCGCUAUGGGCGUUAUGCAGGGACACGGCGCUCACGCUCGCGCUCCCCGCGAGGAGGCCGCCGCAGGAGCAGGGGCGGGGACGAUCGAAGCAGCGACCGUCACCGCCGUAGACGACGCUCUGAAAGUGAAGAUCGGCAGCGCCGACGCAUAGCGACGAGCGGGACGUCGGUAAGCAAAGAAGGAGGUAAACGGGGGCGUCACAGAUCUCAUUCUCGCUCACGCUCGCAGUCAUCGUCCUCCUCUAAUUCGCGGAAAGGUGGUGGUGGGGGUCGUAAGCGCUUCGAGACUGUGAAUGUGCAUGAGCUGCUUCAACCGGAACUGGCCCAGGCGUCCAUGGGGAUGGUCUCCCCGAUGUCGUCUGAGAUGAUACUUGCCCUCAUUCAGCAACAGCAACAACAACAACAACAACAGCUGCUGCAGCAACAGCAGCAAGCAGACGUCUCUGGAGACGUUGACCCCACGCAACUCAGCGCCCCUGCACCUGAAGCGGCCUCUCCUCAAGGCGGUGUUGAUGACUGCUGUGAGCAGCUGCAACAGGAAGGAGAACAGCAGGAGCAGCGGGAGGAGGAACUGACCGAAGAGGGUGCUGCACCUCAGCCAGCGGCACCGGCGAAGGUGCUUCCCUCCGUUGCAGAUUUCGUUCCUGUUAUUCCCAAGAGUCUACUGAAUCUUCUCAGUGCCCCAGCAAGUAGCAACACUGGAGGUGGCGGUGCGGCUAGCACUACUGCUGCUGGUGAAGAGGCGCAGCAGGUGAAGCAUCAAGGUGUGCUGACCACGACGACCGGUGCACUAGCGGUGUUGCAAGCACCGAAACUCUCACCAGAGGCAGAGCGACGCGCACGUGAGGCACGUCGCGCCCACAUCUCCUGUUUUCCGCAGCGCACGACACGGCAGGAGUUACUGGAGUACUUUACAAACAUCAUUCCGAUGGUGCGGCAAGUGAAGGUACGGCGCGAGAUGGACGAGCUCGCCGAACAGAUGCGGUUAGAGAGCGGCGACCUUGCGGAGGUGGAGCGGCGGGAGAUCCCGCCGAACGCUAUUGUAGACGUGGACCGUGUGAUCGACCUUGCCGUGAACAGCGCCAAGUCGAAGCCGUUCGCAUUUCUCGAAGUGAACCUUGCCGACCUCGUGACGGAGCUGGUGGAAGAAUCACAGCGUGACCCCGACCGCUUCAUCUUCACUGCGUUGGACGGGCAGUCGUACCCCAUCACUAUUCGCCGCCCCCGCGACUACCAGGCGCUGCUGGGCGUUGACAAGCGUAAAGUUGUGAUGCUCGGCUUCCCAGCGUCGCUCUCGGCGGAGAAACUGCGUGCUGUCUUUGAGCAGUUUGGCCCGCUUCUCGCCUUUGAUGUCAAGGCCGGCAUGGCGUACGGCGAGUUCGAAAAAGAGGUGGAUGCGAUCGAAUGUGUGCGGGACCUUCACGGUGAAACGCUCGGCAACAAUGUGGUGGUGAUGAUGCCUCUGUACGACUGGCUGAAGGUGGUGUGCACGCACGCCGAUAUUGACGUUGCGCUUGACCCCGACGACCCCGUCUCGGGUGCGUCGCUACUGGCGAAGGACGCACAGACGGAGGGUGCGCUUGUGCCGGUGCUCGCCGACGACGUUGCGAAGGAGGAGGUGCCAGUCGAUCACAUGAAGGAGUUGGUUGAGCUCACGGUUUCGCUGCCAGAUGUCGUGCUGCAUUUUUCCAAGACGUUCAAUCACCUUACCGCACUCUACGGCAGUACUGUACCCAUCUUCCCCACGCGUCUGCUGGUGUUACUCAACCUCUUUGACGAAGAAGAACUCGUGCUCGAUGAGACCUAUAACCGGCUUGUGGAUGAGAUUGCCGGCGAGGUGGAAAAACACGGACGGGUCAAAUUGCUCAUUGUCCCGCGGCGCACGCCACCGCCAUUGCCGCCCAAACCACCAAAGACUUUUCUCGCCUCCCGAAUAAAGACAACAAAGAGGCAGGGUGGUGGUGGUGGUGGUGGUGGUGGCGUCCGAGGUCGUCCCUACCAGCAAAGCAGGAGGGGCGAAGAUGCGGCAGGUAAUGUGGAUGCGCUGCCGCCACACGCGUCUUCUUCGUCCGGCACUGGUGCGCCAUGGACGGCGUCAUCUGCGGCUGAUAAUGCCGCCGCGCACGAAGAAGGGUGUGAUCGCCGUGGCGAUAACGACAGCAACGACGGUGACGACAACAACGAGGUGGAUGAGGAGGCGCAGUACGAAAAAGCCAAGAUGGAGUACCUCCAGGCCCGCGAAGCAUACACGGAGAAGCUGAUGCACCCUAUCCACGGCGGUUUUGGUCGCGUUUUUGUGGAGUACGAGUCUGUCGAUGAGGCCGCCGCGGCACAACGCACAAUUGCGGGAAGAUUGUUUGGUGGCCGUACUGUCGUGACAUCUUUUAUGUUUGAGGACGUACUGUACCCGCCUACCGCCGAGGAGGCAGAGAUGGAGGCGAAUGAGAAGGUGAAACAGUAUCUUGAGGCUAUAGGCGCCGGCACUGGAAAUGACAAUGAGGAAGAGGGCCACCAACAAAAGGUGGGCAGUGACGGUGAUGCGGCACAAAGUUCAGAAAAAGACGAUGGUGUGGAGGCGUUGGAUUGA